CCAUAAUUUUCCUUAUCGUCUCCGACCCUUCCACUUCGUCGUCAUCCUUUCAAAUUCUCUGCAAUUCACCGUUAUUACGACCACUCGACCACUCUGAAUCAUUCAAUAUAUUUCUCUUAGACGGCACCCGAUCUAACAAUCCCUCUCCCUCUUCCCUAUCCUCACGAUACAACCUUAACGUCAUCCUCAGGCCUAAUGACAGUCCUCCGUCCUUGAAGUUAUUCAAGCACUCUUCAAUACUGUAACAUCCGAAUAGUCAUAAUCCCUUCAAUUUCCCAGUCUAGCCAUAUAUAACUCACUCUCCCAUUUCACUUCUGCCCUAUUCACACACCAGCGAUACAAAUCCCACAAUGUUGUCAAUCGUCACUAUCGAAAAGUCUUACCUUUUAACUCAUGCGUUCACUUCAACUCCUCCAUCCUUCCAUCUCUCAGGUCUUUCUCAUCCCGUCAUACCAAUUAGUCAGAUUAUGAGAGUUCCAGCUCCAUAUCCAUCCAAGGAAGAGGAAAAGGGUGCAGAAGAAGACGAAGAAGAAUCAAUCAAAUCAAAUCAAAUCGAAUCAAAUCAAAUCGGCUCUCUCUUUCAGAAUCUCUACGCCGUAAGAAGUUUUCGUCUCUCAAUUAUACGCAAAAAACCCCCCCCCCAAUGGAAAAUUGAGGUAUCUAGCUCGACUCGUUUAGAUAGUAUUCGUGUCGAGCGGAAGACGUUGCAGAACUUGCUCGACGAUUGCCAAAGAGCUCUCCAGCUUCUAAAUCUCUCCGAUGUGGAUGAUAGCGACCGCGUGGGCCAGUGGAGUGACUCACCGGAUAGGGAAGAAGAGCUGUCUACUUCCGAAUCAAGAGAUCCUGAAACCGAUAAAUUGUAUGAUCUCAUCAAAUCUAGAGUUGAAUGCCAUUACUUUCGAGAUAGGUUAGAGUCAGCCCAAGCUUCACUUCUCCUCCAAGACCUUCCUGCUGUUAGUGAAGAUGAUAUAUUAUGGGGUGACAAAAGUAUGGAAGAUGAUUAUGUGGUCGUUAGGGAAGAAGAUGUAGCAGAUGGUAUUGCUUGUUUCAUGGUUACUUAUUUAUCUUCCCUUGAACAGACAAAGGAUAUAUCACCUGAUCAGCUUCAGAAAGCACUUAGCACCAUGUUUUCUGUGAAGAAGAGAAAGGGGAAGCUUCGUAAAGCAUGGGAAGGUAGUAAAGUUAUUUACAACGUUGCUUCAUGGAGCGCCACUGCCAUAGGGAUAUAUCAAAACCCGAUGAUCCUGAGUAUUGCAUCUAAAGCCUUCUGGGUGUCUUGCAAGGCUAUAUCAAAGCUUGUCUGAAUUGAAUAACACAUCUAACUCACAGGGUGGUGCUCAUAAAUGUUUCUAUAUCAUUUAAUUUUAUAUCUGUACAGAAUGCCGUUGGUGUAUCCUUCUUCUCUAUUAUGUUAUCCACAAACAUGCAAUGUUAAAGAUUAGUUCACAUUCCGAAAUAAUCUGUAUUU